UGUAUACAUUUUAUUGAUACAUUUUCCAGGCAAACAGCUGAGAACGGUUUGCUAAUCAAUUGUCAUAUUUCUGUUUUCUUCUUUGUAUCAAAACAUAAAAGUUGAACUAUGUCCACGCGGUGGUAUCCUAUUUAUCAACGCGGGAAUCCACAGUUGCGCGUCUUCUUGCCCAACUUUUGGAUGAAGUUAGUUCGCCCUACAGAAGAGCAGCCGGCAAAUGUUGUUACCUUCGCUGUGUCCACGGAAAUGACCAAACAUGAUGUGAAAAACUAUUUAGAGAAGAUUUACAAAUUGCCUGUGGUAACUGUUCGCACGCGCAUUGCGUUGGGCGAGACCAAACGUGAUAUAACAUAUGGCUAUGUGACCAAAAAAGAUGAUGUCAAAUAUGCUUAUGUAACCAUGCCGAAAACUGAGGCGUUUACCUUUCCGGAUAUAUUUGUGAAUAAAGCAGAGCAGCAGGAAAAGGAGGAAAAGUCACUAGAUGAGUCGAAGGCUGGCUUUCGAAAGUUCUUGGAUCGCAACAAGAAGAGACCUGGCACGCCGGGCUGGUACUCGAUUUAAGCUAUUAAGUUAGAUG